GCAGCAGGUUGUUAAUUUUGUUUUCCCUUUUUUGUGAAAAUUCUUUCCCGCCAUUUUGCAGCGAACGGUUCGCGCUAUCAGCCAGUUUGAAGGUUGCCCCUCCUCGAGGCGAACUCUGCUGUGGGGCAGCCUGCUAUGCGACGAGUUGAUAAGGCGACACAUGUAGUCGCGGGAGCGCAGCUUGGCCUGUCGAGUGAGGGGGUCGCCCGCCAUCCGCCAGCUGACGCAAAGUAGAUACCCAAGUGAAUGCUCCAGUGAACACCCAAAUGAACGGCCAAGUGAGGAAGAAGAAAAACCUCCUGGAGAGGGAGGCCAAGCUGAACCACCUGGCCAAGAUCUUCCACCGGAAACUGGAAACGCUGCUCAUAUACAUAAGGGUCCCCAAUAAGAAGCAGGAGAAGCUCUUCUUCGACGAUUUCUUCAAUGUAGAGGAGGUGAGCGCGUACAUAAACACGGUUGAGGAGGGUCAGCAGUGUGCUGAGCGGCGUGCCGAGCAGCGUGUCGAGGGGCGCGCCGAUCAGCGUGCAGACCGCGCCUGCUCAGGGGAGAGCCUAAACCUGAACGCAGAAAACGAAAUUAAAAGCAACAAAGACAUUUUUAUAAAAAACCUGCUCAUCUUCCUAAACAACCUGAUCGCUCUUUACUUCUCCAAGAGUAACCUAAUCGACGUUUGCAUAAACCGAAGGAGCUUCAAUAAGUGUGGCUUCUACGCAUGUGAUAAUGUGUUUUUAAACGACCCCAAAAAGGGCAAAUACAAAAUCGACGCGAAAAGUAGGAGCAUCUACCUGAGGGAGUACUACGACUUGUUCUGCUCCGCUAGCUGCAUGAAUUAUAAUUUGCACCUCCUCAGAGAAAUCGCCAAGAAUGGGAAGAAUGGCACCACCGCCAAGGGGGGAGGAACCGAAGUAGGCGGGGGAGUCGGGAGGAACAACCUUAAAACCAAGUGCCAGCUGAUAUACAUCAUGUUCUUAACCUUCUUCCCCAUUUUUAAAUUUCACGACAUUAAUGUGCUGCUAAACAAUUUAGAGUUCGUGCGCAUUCAGAACAACAGGAUCUUUUUGGAACCUGGGGGAGGGGGGCUGGAUGGCAAAGACAAAGGGGAGGCAGGCCACCCCGAGGGGAGGAAGGCAACGAAAGGUGAUGAGAAAGGGUGCACCGUUAGGGCGGUGGAGGGUGAUGAGAAGGGGUGCACCGUUAGGGCGGUGGAGGGUGAAGUUAAGCAGAGAACCCGUCAGUUGAGGAAGACCCUCUUUCCAGUCAUCGUGGAGAAGCGGGAGGGGGGUGAAGACAGUGAGGGGGAGGGAGUGGCAGAGGAGGGAGUGGCGGAGGAGGGAGUGGCGGAGGAGGGAGUGGCAGAGGAGGGAGUGGCGGAAGAGGGAGUGGCGGAAGAGGAAGUCACAGAGGAAGAAGCUACAGAGGAAACCACAGAGGAAGCCACGGAAGAAGAAGCUACGGAGGUCUCCCCAACGGGCAGUUCCCCCAGUGGGCCAGAUGAAAAGAAACUUAUGAUCCUCCCCCUGAGGGAAUCGUUCAGACGGUAUGUCGCAGUGAAUCCAGAGGAGGAAAAAAACUCCAACGAAGAGGCAGAUAGUUGCCCAAAACGCGAACGGGGAAAAGCCAACAAAUCCAAAAGCGUCAGAUUUAAUGAGGACGUCCAAAGGUAUGAGUACUUCAAAGACGAACGGGUGGACGUCUACAGUGUGGCUAGGACCUCCAUGGAGGCGACUCAAGGGGGGGAUUCCCUACCUGGUGAGGAAGAGGAUAGAAGGAAGGACCACCCCGGUGUAUCUCCAGAAGGGGGCGAAACUACCGAAGGGGAAGGGCCAGGUGAGGAGACGAACGGACUAUCCGUGACGCCUCAACACGAUGGUGAUGAGAAUCUGGAAGAAGCGACGAGCGCAGAAGCCGCGGGGGAGGGGAACCCCUCCGAUGGCGAAAUGGCCCAAGUGUAUGAACAAGUCAGGCAGUCCAUUUUUACCAACCGGAAGCACUUCUUUGAGGACGUCCUGGGGAAGACCCUUUUCGACUCGAGCAGGGUAAUCGGGUUUGACUACGAGGGGGGGGAGGAGCAGCAGCGGCAGAGGCAGCAGCGGGAAGAGGAGGAGGAUAAAGAGGAGGAGAAGGAGCACCAGCAGGAGCAGCAGCAGCAGCAGCGGGGGGAUAAAGAGGAGGAGAAGCACCUCCGGACGAGCGCCGCGCAGCGGAUGAGCGAAAUUAACCUGAAGCACGACCGGGAGAGGAAGGGGAGGCGAAUCGUUCUGCUGAGCCAGCCCGGCGGAGGGGCGGCGGCAAGGGCGAUUCCCCAGGCCAGUGAAGGUGGGGGUGAGCCCGACGACGGUGAGGCGGAGGCCAAGGGUGUGAUGAGCGGCGAAAAGGAUGAUGCAGCCCCGGGGGGUGACGAGAAGGACGACGCUGCCCUGGGUGGUGACAAAGAGGAUGCCGCUACCCCGGCUGAUGGCAAAAAGGAUGACGCUACCCCGGUUGAUGGCAAAAGGGAAGAUGCUCCCCUCUACGGCGGCGAAGAGGAAGAUGCCCCCCCCUACCGUGGCGAAGGCGAAGAGGCUGCCCCGAGUGGUGGCCAGGUCGCCCCCGCCUCGGACAGCGAGGAGGACACCGCGAAGCUGCACAACCUGCUGAUGGAGAAGAAGAAAAAGAUCAGCGAGCAGUACGACGAGGCGUUCAACAGGGGUAUGGCGCCGUUCCUGUUCGCGGGGGCAGCCGGCGAAAGCGGAGGGGAGGAAUGCCCCGGAGAUCUCCUCAAGGGGAAGGACAAAUCAGCAGAUGACGAACCAUCGGAUGACGAACCAUCGGAUGACGAACCAUCGGAUGACGAACCAGCAGAUGUCGAACCAUCAGAUGAAGAACAGUUGCAGCAAGUGAAGAAGCAAAGCAAGUACACCUACGGCACAGACAAGUGCAGCGCGUACGACGACAUGUCCCUCUAUGUAGUCCUGUGGGACAUCCUCACAGGGGUCAUCUCCAAAUACACGGUGCAUUAUUUUGAGAAAGGUGAAUUCGUCAUUCCAAAGUGCCCAACUGAAGUGGAGCGCGAUAGAAAAAACGAAUUCUUGAGGAAUGUCUCUGAGCAUAUGCCCAGAACGAUUCACCCCAUCGCUCCCAUCAUCUUCAACGUCUGCCAAACGUUUUCUUUUGGCAAGCCCCUGUUGCCAUUUAAAAAAAUAGUAUACGAAUCUAUUAUAUACAUCAUUGCAGCGGCGCUGGGACGGCACAAGGUCGAGCUGAUUCCUUCCGGCGAAAUGGGGAACAUCCGGAGGGCGGAGGAGUUCCUCACCGUGGAAAACGGAAUGGACGGGGAGGAGCUGGACGAGUUGGCGACGCUUUUUUACCAGCAUGUGUACUACUAG